CUUCACUUCAGCCCAUCAGCAUCGCCAUCUCGACCGCUGAUAUCUACUCUCUUCAGCUGAGUUGUUCUCGAUUCCUGUGUUUCUCCCUUCAACAACAGGCACCCGAUUCUCCGAACCAGAUAUUUCUAUUAUAUUUCAUACUUCAUCGCGACGUCGCGCGACAGUCACCCCCCUCUGUUUCGCAUCUGUACGCUCUGCGGGGCAUCGCGAUCUUCUUAUCAACUCUCUGUCUCGACUUCUCCCAACUUCAACGCCAUAUCCUCACAAUGGAUUCUGCAGCCCGCCAACAGCCUCAAGUUCAGCCUUGUAGAUACAAGGUUGGCAAGACACUGGGAGCUGGCUCAUACUCCGUCGUCAAAGAAUGUGUCCACAUAGACACUGGUCGUUACUAUGCUGCCAAGGUCAUCAAUAAGCGGCUCAUGGCUGGUCGCGAACACAUGGUUCGCAACGAAAUCGCCGUGCUUAAGAAGGUCUCCAUGGGCCACCAAAACAUCCUUACUCUUGUCGACUAUUUCGAGACCAUGAACAAUCUCUACCUCGUCACCGAUCUUGCACUAGGUGGUGAGCUUUUCGAUCGAAUUUGCCGAAAGGGCUCCUAUUUUGAGUCAGAUGCUGCCGAUUUGGUUCGCGCCACACUGUCAGCUGUCGCUUACCUCCAUGACCAUGGUAUCGUCCAUCGCGACUUGAAGCCUGAAAAUCUACUCUUCCGAACCCCCGAGGACAACGCAGACUUGCUUAUUGCAGACUUUGGACUCUCGCGAAUUAUGGAUGAGGAACAGUUCCACGUUCUGACUACAACCUGUGGUACUCCUGGAUACAUGGCUCCCGAAAUUUUCAAGAAGACAGGUCAUGGCAAGCCUGUAGAUCUCUGGGCUCUCGGUGUCAUCACCUACUUCUUGCUUUGCGGUUAUACUCCUUUCGAUCGUGACUCUGACUUCGAAGAGAUGCAGGCCAUUCUCAAUGCAGAUUAUAGUUUCACACCUAUUGAAUACUGGCGCGGCGUUUCCAGCCAUGCCAAGGACUUUAUCCAGCGCUGCCUGACUAUCGAUUCUACUAAGCGUAUCACUGCCCAUGAGGCUCUCCAGCAUCCAUUCGUCGCCGGCUUUAUCAAUGCCGAGGGCGAGAGCCAGAACCUUCUGCCUAAUAUCAAGAAGAACUUCAACGCUCGCCGGACUCUACAUGCAGCCAUUGAUACUGUUCGUGCUAUCAAUAAGCUGCGUGAGGCUCAAAGUGGGAUGAUGGAUGGAGCUCGUUCAAAGGAACCCAGCCGUGGCGCUGCGCGACAGCAGCCGCCUACCAACAAGAAAGGAGAUAGUGCCAUCUCAAUGGGCAGCAACCAACCUAAGGAUAGUGGAUAUGGAACUCAGACAGAGACGGACGUCGUUAUGGGCAACACAUCAGCAUCCAAUGUCCCAUCUUCAUUGCAGCCUGGAAACAACGGAAAUAGGGUCAUCGAGACAUCCAAGGGACUUUGGAGUGCGCCUGCGCCAAAGAGGUAGAGCCAGAAUGGCGACGAUGUGUCUGAGUUAUUCCGAGAUCUGCGAAGGGGAUAUAUCAAAGGGAAGCUACCUAUGGUGGGACGAAAACAUGUUA